CAUUACCCCAUUUUCCAGCUGUCCCUCAGUCGGUCGGGAUUUCGGAACCACAGGAGAAUCGCCGGAAAGGGUUUAGUGAUAAAACAACACAUUUGGGAGGAAAUACACAAUUAUAUGGUUACAUAAACACGCAACGAGCUACGUUAUCCUGAAUUACACGAUGGAAACUGAACUAUGAGGUGUUGUGUAGUGCAGAAGACUGAGUGAACCAUGGCACAGUUCCCCACCACAUUCCCAGGUCCAGAUGUGUUUCUAAUCUCAGUGGAUGAGAGAGCCAAACAUGAUCAGCAGUUUCUCAGCCUCUCUCCGACUGCCGGGGGUUACAUUACAGGCGACCAAGCCAGGAACUUCUUCCUUCAAUCAGGUCUGCCCCCUCCCAUCCUGGCUCAAAUCUGGGCUCUGGCUGAUAUGAACAGUGAUGGUCGUAUGGACAUCCACGAGUUCUCCAUCGCCAUGAAACUCAUCAAGCUGAAACUCCAGGGUCACCCUCUGCCCCCCGCUCUUCCUCCCAGUAUGAAACAGCCCGCACUGACUUUACCCCCGCAGAGUGGCUUUGGCAUGCCCCCCAUGCCUCCCCUCUCGGCUCCUCUGUCAAGCGUGCCUCCACUCCCCCUGCCACCUCUCCCUGUCGGAGUGUCUCCCCCACUCGUCUCGUCUGCCGCGCCUCCCCUCCCCCCGCCCCUCGCCAACGGAGCUCCUCCCACAGGCAUAAUGCAGCCAAUCUCAGGCUUCUCCCACCCAGCUCCCUCUGUCAACAAAUCUUCGUUUAAUCGUUCCAGUACCAAGUUGCAGAAGGGGCCGUCCGUGGACGUUGCUAGUGUUCAGCCCCCGCCUGAUUGGGCUGUUCCUCAGUCCUCCAGGCUGAAGUACAGACAGCUUUUUAACUCCCAUGACAAGAUGAUGAGUGGACACCUCACAGGUCCCCAGGCUCGCACUAUCCUGAUGCAGUCCAGUCUUCCUCAGGGACAGCUGGCCACGAUAUGGAGUCUAUCAGAUAUCGACCAGGAUGGAAAGCUAACAGCUGAGGAGUUUAUCUUAGCCAUGCACCUCAUAGAUAUGGCUAUGUCAGGGCUACCGCUACCCCCGGUGUUACCACCAGAUUACCUCCCACCCACAUUCAGGCGCGUGCGAAGUGACAGUGUUCAGUCGGACCAGAAGAGCGUCCAGGAGGAGUUAGAGGAGGAGGCGGAGAGCAGCCAGGACAAGAAAUUACCAGUGACGUUUGAGGAUAAGAAGAGGGAGAACUUUGAGCGAGGAAACCUGGAGUUGGAGAAGAGACGUCAGGCUCUGCAGGAGCAGCAGAGGAAAGAGCAGGAGAGGCUGGCAGCGCUGGAGAGAGAGGAGCAGGAGAGAAAGGAGCGUGAGCGUAUGGAGAAUGAGAGGAGACGACAACACGAACUAGAAAGACAACUGGAGAGACAGAGAGAGCUGGAGAGGCAGAGAGAAGAGGAGAGACGCAAAGAGAUAGAGAGGAGAGAGGCUGCUAAGCGUGAAUUAGAGCGCCAGCGUCAGUUGGAGUGGGAGCGUCAACGUCGCCAGGAGCUUCUGACUCAAAGAAACCGAGAGCAGGAGAGCAUCGUGCUGCUCAAAGCCAGGAAGAAGACCCUGGAGUUUGAACUGGAGGCUCUGAAUGAUAAGAAGUCCCAGUUGGAGGGCAAACUGAAGGAUGUUCGGUUUCGUCUGUCAGCUCAGCGGAGAGAGGUGGAGCAGACCAAUCAGACCAGAGAAACACGCAUUGCUGAAAUCACCCUGCUACAACAGCAGCUGCAGGACUCCCAGCAGUGGUUGGGGAGGCUAAUUCCUGAUAAACAGAGUCUCAACGACCAGCUGAAACAGGUUCAACAGAACAGUCUGCAUCGUGAUAGUCUAUCGUCCCUGCAAAAGGCUGUGGAGCAGAAGGAGACCAGCAGACAGCAGCUCAGAGAACAGCUGGAUGCUGUGGAGAGAGAGACAAGGGCCAAACUGCUGGAAAUAGACGCUUUCAACACCCAGCUGAAGUCUCUGUGUGAGUUCUAUGCCAACCACUGUGCCAGGAUAGAAGCCCUGCGACGCCAGCUUCACGAGGAACAGAGAGGGAGACAGUGCAAGGAGCAGGGACAGCUUCAGGAGUGUGUGUCAGCCGUCAGGGUGUGUCUGGCUCGGCUAGACUACGUUAUAAAGGAGCUGAGGGAAAUCCACAGCCGGCAGCAGAGGCAGAGACAGAGGGAGCUGGAAGGAGACACACCCACACUGACACACACACACCCUCACUUACACACCCCGAUCGAGAGGAAGUCUGCUGAACUGCAGGACAGCAGGUUGUCAUCAGAGGAAGCCGUGGCCUGGAGGGAUGAAGCAGCCAGCUCCACCCCCAGCGCUCCUAGCCCUCCCUCCAUCUCUGCACCACAUGCCUGGCUAAACAGAGUGACUCAGGAAGAGGAGGAGAGGAAGAGGAGAGGGGUUGAGGAGGAGGAGGAGGAGGAGGAGGAGGAGGAGGGCCAGAAAGGGGCAGGAUCAGCAGAAGAGAAGGAGGAUGAGGGGAGAGGCAAGAAGGACAUGCAGGAGAAACUGAGCAAGCUGUUCAGCCAGCCGGCUGACCCCUGGGCUUCAACAGUAGAGAAGGCUCCGGUACCCAGUCUGUUUGACCAGAAGGCACCGGUCACUAGCUUUGACCAGCAUCAGCAGCCAGUGAAGGUGGUCUACUACAGGGCUCUAUAUCCAUUUGAUGCUCGCAGCCAUGAUGAGAUUAGUAUCGCUCCCGGAGAUGUAAUCAUGGUGAAGGGGGAAUGGGUGGACGAAUCCCAAACAGGUGAACCCGGUUGGCUGGGAGGAGAGCUGAGGGGCCGUACUGGCUGGUUCCCAGCUAAUUACGCGGAACGGAUACCCGACAGUGAAGCACCAAUCAGCCUGCGUGCAACAGCCUCAGCCACACCCCCCUCAGCCAAGCAGCCGUUAUCCACGCCUCCCCCCGCACCUGGACAGACCUCCUCCUCCACGUCCUCCGCCAACAGUAACUGGGCUGACUUCAGCACCACGUGGCCCACCAACACAGCCAGUCAAUCAGACAGCGAGGGAUGGGACGCAUGGCCGACCUCUUCAACCAGUCAGAAUCCUUCGCUCAGCGUUCCCUCAGCGCAGCUACGGCAACGCUCCGCCUUCACACCUGCUACCCUGACGACGGGCUCCUCUCCUUCUCCUGUGCUGGGACAGGGGGAGAAGGUCGAGGGUCUUCAGGCUCAGGCCUUGUAUCCCUGGAGAGCGAAGAAGGACAACCACCUCAACUUCAACAAAAAUGAGAUAAUAACAGUGUUGGAGCAGCAGGACAUGUGGUGGCUAGGUGAACUGCAGACCGGACAGAGAGGCUGGUUCCCCAAAAGUUACGUCAAGCUAAUCUCUGCCACCAUGACGCCUCCCCCUGGUGCCACAGCACGCAGCAAAAACACUAGUGAGUCUGGAGUAUCAGAAAGCCCACCCAAUGGAAAACGCCCCUCCCCUUCCCCAACAAAAUCUUCUGAGUCUGGAGAAGAGUACGUGGCCAUGUACACCUACGAGAGCAGUGAACAGGGGGACCUGAGUUUCCAGCAAGGAGACGUCGUCAUGGUGACCAGAAAAGAAGGGGACUGGUGGACGGGCAUGGUCGGGGGCAAGACUGGAGUCUUCCCUUCAAAUUAUGUCAAACCACGAGACUCGGCCUCAGAGUCUUUCGGACCAGCAGGGAAGACGGGCAGCCUGGGAAAGAAACCAGAGAUCGCUCAGGUGAUCGCCCCCUACAAUGCUACCGGUGCAGAGCAGCUGACCUUAGCUCCAGGACAGCUCAUCCUCAUCAGAAAAAAGAACCCGGGGGGGUGGUGGGAGGGUGAGCUCCAGGCCCGGGGGAAGAAGCGCCAGAUAGGUUGGUUUCCGGCCAACUAUGUGAAGCUGCUCAGUCCCAGCACCAGCAAGACGACGCCCACAGAGCCCACCCCUCCGAAACUGGCUCCUGCCAGCACAGGUACUCAUACAGCUGUGUGUCAGGUGAUCGGCAUGUACGACUACGUGGCCCAGAACGACGACGAGCUGGCCUUCCUGAAGGGUCAGGUGAUCACGGUGCUCAACAAAGACGACUGUGAUUGGUGGAAAGGAGAGCUCAACGGGAGGGAGGGUCUGUUUCCCAGCAACUACGUCAAACUCACCACGGAUACCGACCCAAGCACGCAGUGGUGCGCUGACCUCCACCUGCUGGACAUGCUGAGUCCCAUGGAGAGGAAGAGGCAGGGAUACAUCCACGAGCUGAUCGUCACCGAGGAGAACUACGUCAACGAUCUGCAGCUCGUCACAGAGAUCUUCCACAAACCUUUGUUGGAUUGCGAGCUGCUGACGGAGAAGGAAGUGGCCAUGAUCUUUGUCAACUGGAAGGAGCUCAUCAUGUGCAACAUCAAACUGCUCAAGGCUCUGAGGGUGAGGAAGAAGAUGUCAGGUGAUCGGAUGCCGGUGAAGAUGAUUGGUGACAUCCUGACCAACCAGCUGCCUCACAUGCAGCCAUACAUCAGAUUCUGCUCGUGUCAGCUGAACGGAGCCACGCUGAUUCAGCAGAAAACGGACGACAGCCCUGAGAUCAAAGACUUCCUGAAGAGGUUAGCCAUGGAUCCCAGGUGUAAGGGGAUGCCUCUGUCCAGCUUCCUGCUCAAACCCAUGCAGAGAGUCACACGCUACCCGCUCAUUAUCAAGAACAUCUUAGAAAAUACUCCAGAGUCACAUCCAGACAACAGCCAUCUGAAAGCUGCUCUGGAGAAAGCAGAGGAGCUGUGCUCACAGGUGAACGAGGGCGUCAGGGAGAAGGAGAACUCAGAUCGUCUGGAGUGGAUUCAGGCUCACGUCCAGUGUGAAGGCCUGUCUGAACAACUGGUGUUUAACUCCGUCACCAACUGUCUGGGUCCCAGGAAGUUCCUCCACAGCGGGAAGCUGUUUAAAGCCAAGAGCAGCAAGGAGCUCUACGGCUUCCUGUUCAAUGACUUCCUGCUGCUGACACAGGUGACCAAACCUCUGGGCUCGUCAGGCUCGGACAAAGUCUUCUCCUCGAAAACACACCUGCAGUACCGCAUGUACAAGACGCCAAUCUUCCUAAAUGAAGUGUUAGUGAAGCUGCCAACAGACCCGUCAGGAGAUGAACCUCUGUUCCACAUCUCUCACAUAGACAGAGUUUACACACUCAGAGCUGAGAGUAUCAAUGAAAGGACGGCAUGGGUUCAGAAAAUUAAAGCAGCUUCAGAACUCUUCAUUGAGACAGAGAAGAAGAAGAGAGAGAAGGCAUAUCUAGUGCGUUCUCAGAGGGCUACAGGUAUCGGUAGGCUGAUGGUCAACAUUGUGGAGGGAAUUGAGCUGAAACCCUGUCGCUCCCAUGGAAAAAGUAACCCAUACUGUGAGGUAACCAUGGGUUCCCAGUGCCAUAUCACAAAAACAUUACAGGACACAUUGAAUCCAAAGUGGAACUCCAAUUGUCAGUUUUUUAUAAAGGACCUGGAACAGGACGUCCUCUGUGUCACUGUGUUUGAACGAGACCAGUUCUCACCUGACGACUUCCUGGGCAGGACAGAGAUCCGGUUGGCUGAAAUAAAGAAGGACCAGGGCUCUAAAGGACCAAUCACAAAGCGGUUGCUGCUCCAUGAGGUUCCCACGGGAGAGAUCGUCGUCAGGCUCGACCUCCAGCUGUUUGAAGAACCAUAAAAAGAUAAAAGAAAAAUGCUGGACAGGAACUAAGAGAUAUGAUGUGGACCAGACAGUUGGGCUGGAUUAGACUGGAAGACUGGAUUAUUUCUUUGGUCUGGUUCAGUUCCUUAGUGCUUACAGGCUGUUUAUGUUUUAGGAGGGCUGUACAUUUAGCUGAAGGACUGUAAAGGGAAAUAAAUC